CGCCGGCCGUGCCAGGGGCGCCGCCUGGCCGCGGGGAGCCCCGGCGGGAGCCAGCGCUGAGGGGCGAGGCUGGGCCCGGCGGCUGCCGCUCGCCCCCUUCUCUCUCUCUCUCCGGCCGCCCCGUCCCGCUGCCCGGCCCCCAGCGCGCCGCCGCCAUGCCGUGGCCUUUCUCGGAGUCCAUCAAGAAGAGGGCCUGCAGGUACCUGCUGCAGAGGUACCUGGGCCACUUCUUGCAGGAGAAGCUCAGCCUGGAGCAGCUCAGCCUGGAUCUCUACCAGGGCACCGGCUCCCUGACGCAGGUCCCCCUGGAUAAGUGGUGUCUUAAUGAGAUCCUGGAGUCUGCAGAUGCACCUCUGGAAGUCACAGAUGGUUUUAUCCAGUCAAUUUCUUUAUCUGUUCCGUGGGGAUCGUUGCUACAGGAUAACUGUGCAUUGGAAGUAAAAGGAUUAGAGAUGGUCUUCAGGCCAAGACCAAGGCUUGCAUCGGGGUCUGAACCGAUGUAUUGGUCAAGUUUUAUGACCAGUAGUAUGCAGCUUGCAAAAGAGUGUCUUAGCCAAAAAUUGACAGAUGAACAAGGAGAAGGAUCCCAGCCUUUUGAAGGACUUGAGAAAUUUGCAGAAACUAUUGAAACAGUUCUACGAAGAGUGAAAGUUACCUUUUUAGAUACUGUUUUGCGAGUUGAACAUGUGCCAGAAAACUCUAAAAGUGGAACUGCACUUGAAAUUCGAAUUGAAAGAACUAUGUACUGUGAUGAAACUGCUGAUGAGUGCUCUGGAAUUAAUGUACAUCAGCCCACAGCUUUUGCUCACAAGUUACUUCAGCUCUCAGGUGUCUCUUUCUUCUGGGAUGAGUUUCCCGCAUCAACAAAGUCCUCCCCAGUGUGUUCAGCUACACAGCUGGCAACUGAGCCAAAGCUUUCACCUAGCUGGAACCCAAAAAUCACUUAUGAGCCACAUCCGCAAUUAACAAGAAACUUGCCAGAAAUUACUCCUUCUGACCCUGUACAGAUCAGUAAGCUGAUUGGUAGAAUGGAGCUGAGCCUAACAUUAAAGCAAAAUGAAGUACUUCCUGGAGCUAAGUUGGAUGUGGAUGGACAGGUAGACUCUGUACAUCUGUUUCUGUCACCAAGGCAGGUGCAUCUUCUGUUGGACAUGGUAGCAGCUAUUGCAGGACCAGAGAGCCUAAGCAGGAUAGAAUUGUCAAAUAAAGAUAGGAAGAACCGACCGAUGAAGCAGGAGGAUGAGUAUCGAAUUCAGAUGGAGUUGAAACGUUAUUUAAGAAAAGAGUCUUUAUCUGCAGGAGCCUCAUCUGAACAAAGCUUCUAUGAAACAGAGACUGCCAGAACGCCUUCUAGUCGUGAAGAAGAAGUUUUUUUCUCGAUGGCUGACAUGGACAUGUCUCACAGCCUUUCCUCCCUUCCACCUCUUGGAGACCCUCCUACUAUGGAUCUAGACUUGUCUUUAACUAGUACGUACACAACUACACCAGCAGGAUCUCCACUGAGCACUACAGUGCUUCAACCAACUUGGGGUGAUUUUCUUGACCGUAACAGACAAGAGCUACAACCUCCUAGAGGUUCUUCGCUUACAGCCAAUGUGGUUCACCAGACUUCCUUAAGAAGGACAUCUAUUCCAUCCAGAUCUGUUUCUGUGGAUGAAUCCAGACCUGAGCUUCUUUUUAGACUGGCAGUGGGAACUUUCUCAGUGUCUGUACUUCAUAUUGACCCUUUACCCCCACCUGAAAGUUCACUGAACCAUAACCCAUUGACACCAAUGGCUCGGGAUUUCUUUGCCCGAAUAGAAAAGAUUGAGCCAGUUAAGUUUGCAACAGAAGAUUUUCUAUCCUUCCGAGAAGUGUUUGCAGAAGCUUGUUCUCAUGAUCACCUUAGAUUUAUAGGUACUGGCAUCAAAGUGUCUUAUGAACAGAGACAAAGGUCUGCCUCUCGAAGUUUUAGUACUGAUUUAUCCAUUGGGGAUAUGGAGUUCCUGGAAUGCCUUUUCUCUACUGACUCUCAUUCCAUUCAGCCUCACUAUACAGAGCUGCUGACAUUUCAUUCUGAAGAAGAAGACACUCAUGCUCUGCCAUGUCUUCAGCUUCAUUAUAAGCAUUCAGAUAAUAGAGGACCUCAGGGUAGUCAAGGGAGACUCAGUUCUGUUCCACAGAAAGCAGAAUUACAAAUAAAGUUAAGUCCAGUGUUUUGUGAGCUGGAUAUUAGUAUUGUAGAUAGAUUAAAUUCUUUACUUCAACCACAGAAACUAACUACAGUGGAGAUGAUGGCAUCUCAUAUGUACACUUCUUACAACAAGCACAUAAAUCUGCAUAAAGCAUUUACUGAAGUUUUUCUGGAUGAUUCACAUACUCCUGCAAACUGUAGAGUUUCAGUUCAAGUCACUGCCCCUGCAUUAAAUCUGUCUGUUCGCUUCCCAAUACCUGACCUGCGGUCAGAUCAGGAAAGAGGACCAUGGUUUAAGAAAUCACUUCAGAAGGAGAUUCUUCAUCUUGAAUUUACAGAUAUGGAAUUUAAAACUGAAUUUAUAGGAGGGUCAACUCCAGAACAAGUUAAAUUAGAACUUACAUUCAAAGAGCUAACUGGUUCAUUUGAAGAAGAUAAAGCCCAAGCACCAAUAAAAUUUUUUCAAGUGUCUGGUGGCGUAGAUGGAGAUAUGACAUCAUCAGAUAACUUUGACUGGCCUCGGAUUGUAUUGAAAAUAAACCCUUUGGCUGUGCACUCCAUUCUGGAAAGGAUAGCAGCUGAGGAGGAAGAAGGAGAUGGUAAUUUUCAAGAGGAAGAAGAAGGAGGGCCUCAUUCUUUGAAGGAUGUCUGUGAUAUUAGAAGACCAGAGCCUUCUCCUUUUUCUUCUCGUAGGGUCAUGUUUGAAAAUGAAGAGAUGGUGAUGCCAGGAGAUAUAGUUGAAAUGACUGAAUUUCAAGAUAAAACGAUUAACAAUUCUCAUUAUGUACUGGAACUCAUGUUACCAAACAUUCACUUAACAUUACCAAACAAAAGCUUUUACGAAAAACUUUACAAUAGGAUCAGCAAUGAUUUACUGCUGUGGGAACCAACAGCUCCAUCUCCUGUAGAAACAUUUGAAAACCUUUCUUAUGGUGUUGGAUUAUCUGUGGCCAGCCAGCUCAUCAAUACUUUCAGUAAAGACAGCUUUAGUCAGUUUAAAUCUGCAGUUCAUUAUGAUGAUGAGAGUGGAUCAGAGGAGGAAACACUACAAUACUAUUCUGCUGUUGAUCCAAACUAUCGUUCACGCAGAAGGAAAAAGCUUGACUCUCAGAACAAGAACUCACAAAGCUUUCUGUCUGUUCUGCUAAAUGUGACACAUGGAUUAGUGUCAAUAUUCACAGAUGUAAAGCAGGAUGAUGGAAAUAUACUGGAAGGAAAAUAUGGCGAAUUCUGGUUUGAAUUCAACAGCGGUUCACUUUUUAGUGUGACUAAAUACGAAGGCUUUGAAGACAGACACUACGUUUGCCUCCAUUCUGGCAGCCUCAAUUUAUAUCAUCAAGGUAUGGUGGAUGGGGUCGUCCCUUCAUCCGAAGUACGACUGCCCAGCACGAUACGUCCCCAUUGGUUAGAACCUACUAUUUGUUUUUCGGAAGAAGAUGGUCUUAGUAGGACUACUUCAGAUGGUGUGGGAGUGGACUGUCCAAAUAUGUUGACCGUUGCAGUCAAAAUCCAAUCAGAUAAAAUAGAGAGCAAUACAAAGGAAUUUCUAGUUGCUGUUGGACUAAGAGGAGCCACCCUUCAGCACAGAGUGUUGCCUUCCGGCUUAAGCUGGCAUGAACAGAUUUUAUAUUUUUUGAAUAUUUCUGAUGAGCCUGUUUUGGGAUAUAAUCCUCCAGCUACAGUUACAACUUUUCAUGUACAUCUGUGGAGUUGUGCUCUUGAUUACAGGCCUUUAUUUUUGCCGGUCAGAUCACUACUUACUGUUGAAACUUUCAGCAUUUCCAGCAGUGUUGCAGUAGAUAAAUCCUCUUCUACUCUCAGAAUAAUUUUAGAUGAAGCUGCUUUGCAUCUGUCUGACAAAUGCAACACUGUUAUGGUGAACCUCCAUAGAGAUUAUGUUCGUGUUAUGGAUAUGGGAUUGCUGGAACUAACUAUUACAACAGUAAAAUCUGAUUCUGAGGAGGAAAGAACUAAACCACGUUUUGAGCUGCAUUGUUCCAGUGAUGUAAUCCAUAUUCGCACCUGCUCCGAUUCAUGUGCUGCACUAAUGAAUCUUAUACAAUACAUUGCAAGUUAUGGUGAUCUACAUCCUCCAACUAAGACAGAGAUUAAAUGCGGAGUUAGCAAGCCGAAAAUGAAGGUAGAGAGUUUUAGCCAACCCUCUUCACAUGGACCAGCCCUUGCUGAAUCAGAGCAACAGAUUUUACGGGAUUUGAUGAGUGAUGCUAUGGAGGAAAUCGAGACUCAUCAGACUGCAUCUGCCAUGAAGCCAGAGUCUAAUGGUGUUUUGGAUGACAGGUCUCAAACUCAGGAGCCAUCUUGCUCAGAUCUCUUCCUGUUUCCAGAUGAAAGUGGAAAUGCGUCACAAGAUUCAAGCCCCACUUAUGCUUCAUUCACUCAUCACCUGAUAAAUGAAGCUGUGGGAGAUGUUCCUGCAGAAAGUGAUGACUUCUGCAUUCUUUUCGCCCCCAAAGUCGCUGUUGCUGACAAAGAAGAAGAACCAGUAAUUAAAAAAAUGGUUGAUGAUGCAAUUAUUAUAAGGGAAAAUCAUUUCAGCCAACCUAUAAAAAAAACAGAUACAAGCAAAGCUCCCCUUCAUUUUCCCGUUCCUCUGGUACGCUAUGUUGUGAAGGAAAUCUCUCUUAUUUGGCAUCUUUAUGGUGGAAGGGAUUUUGGGACUGCACCACCAACAUCUCCAGCUAAAAGUUUCAUUCCCCAUAGUUCUCCUUCUCAUACACCAACAAGGCAUGGAAGGAGUACAGCAUGUGGGGGAAGAGGAAGAAACCCAGAUUUCCUAAUGGAAAUACAAUUGAGCAAGGUGAAAUUCCAGCAUGAGGUAUACCCUCCAGGUGGUGCAGAAGGUGAAUCCAGUCUGUUGGAACAGCCAGUGUCACGUCAGGUUUUUAUUGUUCAAGACCUGGAGAUUAGAGACCGCUUAGCUACAUCACAGAUGAAUAAAUUUCUUUACCUCUACUGUAGUAAGGAGAUGCCCAGAAAAGCACAUUCAAACAUGUUAACAGUUAAAGCAUUGCAUGUCCGUCCAGAGUCUGGCAGAUCCCCACAGGAAUGUUGUUUACGCGUUUCACUAAUGCCACUUCGCCUCAACAUUGACCAGGAUGCCUUGUUUUUCUUGAAAGACUUUUUCACUAGCCUGUCUACAGAAGUAGAACUCUUAGUUACUCCAGAUCCUGAAGUUAAAAAGUCUCCUGGUGCUGAAGUUACAUGUAGUUUGCCCAGGCAUGUCAGCAGCCUUAAGGACCCAAGUCCAGUCAUUUCUUUCUCAUCACACAAGCAAACAACUGAAAAUGGUACCUUUGAUCCUAUGGAUGUGGUUAAUGGAGAUGAUCAUCAUUUCUCACAAGAAGCGACGUCAUACAGUGAUCAGCCAGUAUUUUUCAGAGAAUUUCGUUUUACAUCAGAAGUUCCAAUACGGCUUGAUUACCAUGGCAAACAUGUAUCAAUGGAUCAGGGGACACUAGCUGGGAUUCUUAUUGGGCUUGCUCAAUUAAACUGUUCAGAAUUAAAGCUGAAGAGACUUUGUUACAGACAUGGCUUAUUAGGUGUGGAUAAAUUGUUCUCCUAUGCAAUCAGUGAAUGGCUUAAUGAUAUAAAGAAAAACCAGCUGCCAGGAAUUUUGGGAGGAGUAGGGCCUAUGCACUCGCUAGUGCAGUUAGUUCAAGGUCUGAAAGACUUGGUGUGGUUACCAAUUGAACAGUACCGGAAGGAUGGCCGUAUUGUAAGAGGCUUUCAAAGAGGAGCAGCAUCUUUUGGUACUUCAACUGCAAUGGCAGCGCUGGAGCUGACAAACAGAAUGGUUCAGACUAUACAGGCAGCUGCAGAAACUGCAUAUGACAUGGUAUCACCAGGGCCUACCUUUAUUGAAACAAAAAAGAUAAAACGAUUCCCUCGCCAUCGUUUGGCUCAUCAGCCAGUAGACUUACGGGAAGGUGUUGCCAAAGCAUACAGUGUAGUAAAAGAGGGAAUUACAGACACAGCUCAAACCAUCUAUGAGACUGCUGCUCGUGAGCAUGAAAACAGAGGAGUAACUGGAGCAGUAGGAGGAGUCCUCCGCCAAAUUCCACCAACUGUGGUAAAACCCUUCAUUGUUGCAACAGAGGCAACCUCAAAUGUUUUAGGUGGAAUGAGAAACCAGAUCAGGCCAGAUGUGCGUCAAGAAGAGUCUCAGAAAUGGCGCCUUGGGGAAGACUGAAAGUAAAAAAAAUCUGGCUCAGCAGCCAGGUAGUAAGGCUAGAAAUGCAGAGGAUUUUCCCAUUGGCAGCCUUGGAUGAAGCUCAAUUGUUUUGUUAUGCUCAUCUCAGGAACAAACAAGGUUUUCACCUAUUAAUAGCAAAACAUCCAACCAAAAAUAUUUAUGAAGUGAAAAGCAAAUUGGUACUUGCUUACGCUGUGUGUUACCAAUACAUUUGGUAGAUAGUGCCAAACAUAGCAAAGCAUGCGCUGCCAACUCAGAGACAUGCUUGCUCUAUUCUGUUUACCAUGUUUUUUUUUGGUAGAUAUAACAUCUGAAGCAGUAGCCUGUAUGGCAAAACGAAGUAUACUUCAGAGAUGGUUUUUGAGCAUAGUCAAGGAACUGUCUUCAAUAAAGGGCUCUGUAGAUGCUCUUCACUGACUGAAAGAUAAAAGCUUUCAUUUUGGUUGCGAGACAUGAAGGCUAUAUGAUAUGGAAGUAUAUAAGAUGAUACCAUUUAGUGGUCAUAAGCAUCGCUUUUAGCGUGGCACUUAAAAGAGCAAUCUUGAUAACCAUUCAGAGUUUAGAUUCAGUGUUGAUACGCCUAUGAACAGGAUUUGUUCCUAAAUAUUGAAUACCUACUUUUGUGGGUCUUUGAAGAAACUGAAUGUUGCAGAAAUGUUCUGUUGUGUUGCACUUUAAAGGAUAUGGCCUGUAUAUUGUGCUUUUUUUAUAGUGUGAAUAAAAUGUAAUGUGCAUUAUCCUUUAUGUGGUUUAGAAGCUUACACAAAUUAUUGACAAGAGCAUCGUUUGAUGAUUCUACAGAAAGAAAAGUGUCUUAAAUUUGCUUAAACUACUUGUUAUAUGUGAAAACACUUUUGUCUUCUGUUACACUAACAACAAUGCUAAAAAUAACUGUUCUUCAGAAAAACAGCAGUCGUGUUCUGAGUUGUAGCCAAAAUGUCUUUCUAAGAAUGAGGGAUCCUAAGCAAAGUUUAAAAAAAAAUAAAUAAUAAAAAAUCAUAAAUUCAUAGUUAAAAUUAUGUUCAAACUUGUAACAAUCUGCUUUUAUUUAAAAAUCACAUUAUUGCAAAAUUGCUGCUCUCACAAGAUAUUUUUAAUUUAAAUUGUGCGUCAUCAGUUAUUUGUCAAUGAGCAUUUGGUGUCAUUUAAUUUGAACUGGGGAUAGGUGAGAGGAUUUAAAAAAAAAUCUUCAAAAAUCAAAGUGGAUACUGACAUUAUUUACAGUUUAAUAGGGGACCAGGGUCUCCCUAGAGCUUUAUUAAGCAACUGACAUUGCACCAUUUCUAGAAAAUUAAAAGGCUAGACACUAGCUAUGCCAGAAUAAACCUUUAUUCCUUAUAUUAGCAAAAACUGGAGGAUAAAAAGUAAAGACUUUUUUGAAUAGAAAACUACUUGUUUUGAAUUUUAAAUUUUUGGGUGACCAACUGGAACGUUAGUUUGUACUAGUCCUGUGCUUCUCCUACAUAUAUGCUAUGGGCAAAUGUCUACUGAAAGAGGGACAUCAGAUGCUUUUGGUCUGAGUUGAAUCUCUACUGGUAAUCAGGAGAUAGCCUCCUUCUCUUUUUUUAAAACCUGCCGCUAGCAAAAACUUUGCUGGUGGGUAUUACAGGACAAAUAGGAGCAUACAAAGGAAAACAGUUAUUGCUUAUUCAUCUUGAUAUUAUACCAGCUGUUCCUGGACACCAAAGAAUCUGUCUGUAGGGUAAAUGAUUUUAAAAAUGUCCCCUCUGCUGGAAAGACUACCACAGUUUGCUUUAUUAUUUUUAAUAAAACAAAAAUCCAUUUACAAACAAGUUCUUGCAUUGGGUGGCAAGUGGUAUUACAAAGUUGGCUUUCAUUUACUGGAAUCUUCUUUGAAGACCUGGGUAUUUUGGUUAAAGGACUUGUUGUAAGCAGGAGAAUGUUUCUGAGGGGACAAAUACCUGCACAUUGAGCAACUUGAAAUACUUUCUGAUGUAAAAAUACUUGCUGUAGAUCAUACUUUUCUUCAAUAAUUAUUUGCUGACUGCUUCAGUAAGAGCUCAAAGCUGAGCAUUUUGCACAGGAAUGAGUUCCAUGUUUGCAGUUUGGCACCCGACUGCCUUCUCAAGAAGUGGUGAUGAGUCAAUGCAAGUAAGUAGCAAUGAAUCAUCUUCAUUUACAGUUACCAUACUACAUCACUUCUGCUGGUUUGGUUCAUCCAGUUAAUUGGAGUAUACUGUAAUAGUAUAAAUCUACAUUUUUUUUUCCUUUUUGACAUUGCUGAAAAGGAGCAGUGGCAUUUCAGUGUUCAUUUUCCAUUCUGUCUGUCAUCAUCUGAUUGUACAGCAAUGCAGUUAGAAUAUAUUUUUAUAUGAGCGCAUGCUGUCAAGGUAAAACAUUUUAUAGUGUCUGUCACUGUCGGCAAUACAGAUUGUACAAAUUAUUAAACUUUACUUUUCACCA